CAUGAACACUUUUCUGGUACUUUUUUCUUUGGGCUUUGUCUUUGCUUCUGCAAAAGAUAAUCAGACGUCGUUGGCGGCUUCUCCAGAUGAGCUUGAUCCUGAGAACAUCAUUACCAAUGGCUAUCCAGCCUACGAGGGCAAAGCUCCCUACAUCGUCAGUCUCCUGAUAAGAACGGAUAACAGCAAUAGCAUAGCAAUAGGCGGCGGCACCGUCAUCGGCCACAAUUGGGUGCUGACUGCCGCCCAUUGUUUAACCACGGACUAUGUUGACAUUCAUUAUGGCUCCACUUGGCGAGGCAAUGGCCAAUAUUAUCACCGAGUGCGAAACAACAACUUUAUUCGUCACCAUCUCUGGCCCAAUACCAAUGGUAACGACAUUGGUCUGAUUCGCACUCCCCACGUUGAUUUUACAACAAGGGUCAACAAGGUUAAUCUGCCAAGAUUCAAUCAACAAAAUGAACUCUUUGAAAACUGGUGGGUCGUUGCUUGUGGUUGGGGAGGACAAGCCAAUGGUAAGCUGGCUGACUGGCUACAGUGUGUGGACCUACAAAUCAUGGGCAACAACGAGUGCGAAAGAAGCUACGGCAGUCUGCCAAAUGGCAUAUUGUGUGUGAGAACCCCUGGUGGAAAGUCCACCUGCGGUGGUGACUCCGGCGGUCCAUUAGUAACACACGAUAAUCCCAUUCUAGUGGGUGUAACAUCAUUUGGUUCUGCAGAAGGCUGCACGGUCGGAAAACCAGCUGGUUUUACACGUGUGACCGCUCACUUGGACUGGAUACGUCAACAAUCUGGAAUCGCUUACUACUAAGCAAUACAAUUUGUUAAACAACAAAGUAAACACCAAAAAAAAAAAACCAUUGCAUAAUAAAAUUUGCUCUUCU